UCUUGGUCUGCAAGCUGGCCUUUGCAGCCCUUCCCCAAGCGACGACGAGGAAAUCGAGUCGUUUUGCAGUGAACACACUCUCGCUCUCUAUUCUGACUUGCCUUGGUCUGGAAAUCCGGUCCAGCCAGACUAAAAACCUACAUACAUUCCAUUCCGCACUCUCUAUCUCAGUCUGACUUCAGUGUUCGACCCUGCGUCAUUGCCACAACCACGAUCUUCGCCACUUGGUUCUUUAUUCCCGGAAAGCAUGUAUCGAAAUAAUGGUCUAAUAUGGUUGUUGGAUACUGCUAGACGUUAAUACUCGUGGAUAUGGAUUUCAUUCUCUCCUUGACGCAUUUUUGCGAGGUGCAUGGUCCCACCUCGAUCAUCUGCUCGCAGGUCUUGCCAUUCUCCUGCUCGCAAUGCUACCCAGACAGAUCCGAUUUCUCUCCCGACGACACCCCUGCAACUUCUCAUGACACAGUAUCUUCUCAUCUACAGAGCCCUACUUCUGGCAAGGACUCCAAUUCAUCCAAACUUCCCGGAAAACUUCCCGGCAAAGCCGACUUUGAAAAAAUCGAGGAUCACCCCUACUUUAUCAAGCCACAGGCCAAUUCAGCUGAGGCCCAGCAGAGAUUGAACCCACUUGGAGGUGCAGACGGCGAUACCUGCGCAAGCUGUAGUUUGACAUUGCCAGAAGAUGUAAGCAAGCAGCUCCCUCCAGGCGCUCCCGGUACGCCUAAGAGCGAUGGUAAAGGGAAAAACGGGAGUCCCGUUUUACGCUCUAGAGAGGUCGUCUACUCUUGCGGCUCAAGUCACUCCGAAACCGAUGACGGUACACACGACCCGCAUGUACACGCCUCCUAUCCUGAGUCUUUACAUUCCUCCUCGGUUGCAUCCGAUGCCUCUUGUCACACACAUAUUCUCACCUAUCUCUCGCUACGAGGCCCCCCAAACCCAGCAGAUUAUGCUCUUCUUCGACGUUCUUCCAUUCGAACCCUGAGUUGUGAGCUCCUUCCGCAAGGUGCAUCCUCCGGUCCCUUGUGCUUUGGCGACUCCUCUGCGGGGUAUACGAUCGCGUUUGUCUUUCGCCUUCCGGAUCCCAUGGCACGCGGUAAAAGGCGCAGCUACGCAUUGGUUGCACUAGCCGGAAAAGAUACUGGAAGGGCGUUCCGCGCUUGUCCGGUGAUCUGGCGUGCUUUCGGUCGAAUCUCAGCGGGAAUCGUCAAAUCGGCGGAGAAGUAUCAGGAGGAAGAAAAGCGUCGCGAAGAACAGAAUAAAAGACCCGAUCGGACGAACAAUAGACAGUACACCCCAGUCUCUUCCUUCCUCACCGGCCGCGCCCUUGAUCCAGAUGGUCAGCUUCGUCGCCCUGGCCAAGUGAAAGCAAGGAAUCUUAGCGAGAUCGUGGGCAACCAGUACAUCUUUGCAGAAAUUCACGCAAACUUUGUUGCUCUCUUGCAACAGUUAGGCUCGAUGUUCGGAGCCGACCCCAUUUCCGAAGAACGAUUCGUUUGUAGUACCAUACGUGACGGCGAGGAUGCGCGACGGCCUUCAAUCGUGGGUGGCGGCAAAUUGAAAGCGUCGCAGAAGUACGAGGAUAGCGACCUUGGGAUGUCUACGCUUGAUAAAUCUUCAGGUCCCAAGCCAAUUCCUAUCGCACCACGCCGGUCAGUUGUCGCGUAAACCAUAUUUGUGGUCGCUAUCAAACUACGUUACAUAACAGAUCACGGUAUCCCGUGAAUCUUUACAAUAUCCCAUUAUAAACGGGUGGAUAUUGCUUCAUGAAUGACGGUCAAUGACCAU